CUAUUCUCCCUGCUGCUGAUCACAUUCCAGAUUCUGUGCGCUUGAAGGAAAGACUGGAUAUGGCAACAGAGUGGUGACCAUACAUGCCAGCAACAUAACCCCCUUACCAGAGAAGGAAACUACAAGUGAAGAAGUUGAAUGCUUGCUUCAGCUGAAGAGGAUAUUUCCCAAGUCCUAGUGGGAAAAGGUGAAAAAGAGAACUGGAGGAUGUUGCUAGUAGGUAUGUACAUGACAGGAAGCCAUGACUAGCAGUGUGGUUGUCAACAGGAAACAAAAAGUCAUAGCCGAUGUGACGCUGCCAUACAAUACACUUUCUGUGUUGUGUUGCCUGCUGGACUUUCUGGCCUGGGCUGGAGUGUAUGCCUACGUGAGAUAUUCUCCUGUCCAUUUGUCUUCUGGAGUUUGAAUUAUUCUGCAUCUGGUUAAUCUACUUUGCUGGAGUUGGCAAGCCCUGUUUUGUUUUGUUUUUUUUUCUUGACACCUGCUACUGUAAAGAUCUUGAACAGCUAUGGGGAAAAAAGGGUGCGUGUGAGCAACCUUCACCGGUUGGCAGCUGAGUGCUCUUCAGACCCCGGACAGCUUUGAGGUGUCUUGGCUGUUCAGUGCUCUGCAGAUAUGAACGCUGAGCUUUUCUGGCACGUUCUCACAUUGGCCUGGUUGUUCUCACCAUGCUAGUACAUGGGAAAGAAGACUUCCUCUCAGACAUAGCUUACAUCAUCCUGGAACUGGUCAUUGCAGUGCUGGCCAUCCUGGGGAACAUCCUGGUCUGCUGGGCAGUCUAUCUGAAUAGCAACUUGCAGAACGUCACCAACUAUUUUGUGGUGUCCCUGGCUGCUGCUGACAUUGCCGUGGGCGUGCUGGCAAUCCCCUUUGCCAUCACCAUCAGCACUGGCUUCUGUGCCUUCUUCUAUGGCUGCCUUUUCAUCGCCUGCUUUGUCCUGGUCUUGACUCAGAGUUCGAUCUUCAGCCUCCUUGCUAUUGCCAUCGACAGAAUCAUUGCGAUCCGCAUACCCCUCAGGUACAAUGGCUUGGUGACUGGCUCUCGAGCUAAAGGUAUCAUUGCCAUCUGCUGGGUAUUAUCUUUCAUUAUCGGCUUGACACCAAUGCUAGGGUGGCACAAUCGCUCCCAGAUCGAAGAGCUGGGUUCCAAUAAGUCCUCUCCCAUCAACUGCAGCAACAGUAUGGUGGCAUGUCUCUUUGAGGCUGUGGUCACCAUGGAGUACAUGGUCUACUACAACUUCUUUGCCUGUGUGCUCUUGCCCCUCCUCCUCAUGUUUGGUAUCUACUUGAAAAUCUUCAUGGCAGCCCGGCGACAGCUCAAGCAGAUGGAGAACAAGAUGGUACACGGGGAACGUUCUCGCUCCACUUUGCAGAAGGAAGUCCAUGCAGCUAAGUCUUUAGCCAUCAUUGUUGGGUUGUUUGCAGUCUGCUGGCUUCCACUACAUAUUAUUAACUGCUUUACCCUUUUUUGCCCAAAUUGUGCCCAUGCUCCCCUGUGGCUGAUGUAUCUGGCUAUCAUCCUGUCUCAUGCCAACUCGGUUGUAAAUCCUCUAAUUUAUGCCUACCGAAUCAGGGAGUUCCGAUACACCUUCCGUAAAAUCAUCAGCCAGCAUAUCCUGGGCCGGAAGGAGCCAUUCAAGGCAGGAACGGCCAGCUCUAGGACUUCCACUCAUGGUGGGGACGCAGAGAACGCCAGCAUACGAAUCAGUGAGUAUGCGUUAGAAGUAUACACCAAUGGAGAGAUCCACAGGGAUCCUGAAAAGCAGGACUUAAACAAAUGCAAAGCUGGCUUGGAAUGGCACCAGAAUGGAAAUGCUCUGGACGUGGAGACAAAUGGGCACCUCCCACAUUCCUGCAAAAAUGGGAUUCUCUCAGAUGCGUGCAUGAACAGGGAGCUUCACAGUGAAGAGCUAAUUGAUGCCCAGGUGUCUUACUCAGAUCUGGAAAGAGCAGCCUUCGCAGCAGCUGAUGUUUCCUGAUGAGACUUUCAAGGUCUUCCUGGUAGAAUUAUUUUUUUUCCAUUGGUGACCUCUGCCGUGGCAGAAAGGGAGGUUGGGGAGCGGGGGGAGUGGUGUGUAUUCAGAUCGCUGUGGAGAAAGGGGGCCCUACCCAGGACUGUUGGGAUGAUCCUAAAUACUAGACUGGAGAAAAGCCAAGAGACCGUUGAAAUGGACUAAGGAAGGAGGGACACAUGAGCCAUCGAUGACCUGUCACCAAGAGCAGUGCCAAGGUCAAAGAUGGCAUUCCAAGUUCAGCACUGGGAGACCCUGCUGAUGCAGGGCAUAUCAUAACAUUACGCUGUACUGUGUGUCUGUGGUUGCGUGUUGGUUUUGCUGUCUUUACCAACAGAAAUAAAAGCAUGGCUGGAAGCAUUCGCUGAACUGCAAAGAGCAACGGGGAAAGGGGCCUUUUAGUACUUUGGCCCUGCAACAAACAGAAGUGGGGUUGCAACAUCUGUUGGUCAGGAAGGAUGCCAGCAGCUGCUUGGACAGGGAAGGAAUUUACCUGAUGGAACUUUGGAUACCUUCAGCCAUGGCAUUUCGUCUUUCAGUUCAUGUUUUUAAAGCUUAUACUGCAACAGGUUGCUCAAAUGUUUUUUUUUUCUUGUCUUGAUAAGAUUACUUAAUGUUAAGUUAUAAAAAUGGGCAAGAACUCAUAUCCAUUCCCAGAGCGCUCAAUGUUCCAGAUGCACAAGGCAAAUAUAACCUCAUAGCUCUCAACUUCAUCUAACAAAUAAUGAAAAGUCUGUAAUAUGGGUUUCCCGUAGCAAAAGGGCUGUUAGCAGUACUUGAUGCUGCAGAUAGUAGACAAGCAGGCCAGGUUGUGGUCUGUGUCAGAGGGGCAGUUGUGCCCUGAGGUGUUGCAAAGAGCUGUCGGGCGUGUGAGCUGUCUGUAGGCUGGUGGGCACUGUCUGCUUUCCCCCCCGUCUCUGUGCUUGUCCUCCUGAGCUCCUAGAAUGCAAAUUCUUUCCAUGGCCCCAUAUGUGUGUGAGGGGAGCUGAUUUUCCGUAUUGUGGUCAUUUUUGUCCUCACUCAAAAGGCUGUGGGAUUUUUUUCUUCUUUCUUGGGAUAGGGAGGAACACACACACACUACCCAACACUUAGUUUUGGAAUUCCAAUAAGCUCUAUUUAAACAUCUUUUCUCCUGUGAUUUCAUUUUUUUCCUGAUGUGCUUUACUGUGAAGCCUGAUUUGUCCCUGCAGUGCAGAGGCCAACAGAGCUGGGUCUGGUUAGAAGAUGCUCCUACUCUGAGAAGCUGAAAGAAGUCAGUAGUAGUGGAAAUUGGCUUAGAAACUGCAGUAGUCUGUCUGUGUAAGAGAACAGGCAAAUCUGUGCUGCAGCAAGUGUAUGCACUGAUGUGGUUAGUUGUAGAGGUGUUCCACAGCAGUUUCAUAAUUUUCUGUAUCGCUUACGAAGCCUGGUAGCUCAAGGACAGCAGAAUGCCACAUCAGCUUGAAUUCUACUGAAAGAU